AUGGGAGGUUCCAGGAAAUAUCAUUUGGAUGAACAAAUAAAUGCUCAAGGGACCUGAAUGCCGGCUGAUGCAGACAUGGUGUCCCUACUGCUGCUGCCCCUGCUGUGGGGGGGGUCCCUGCAGGAGGACUGGGGGUACCAGCUUCGAGUGCAGGACACAGUGACGGUGCAGGAAGGUCUGUGUGUGCACGUGCCCUGCUCCUUCUCCUAUCCCUGGAGCUUGUGGCCUACCGGUGAGAGGCCCUACAUGUACUGGUUCCAAAGUGGGGACAGCUCCCAUAACUCUCAGCUUGUGGCUACAAAUGAUCCAACAAAAACCGUGAAGACAGAGUUCGGACACCGGUUCAACCUCGUCAGGAAGCCCCAGGAAAACGACUGUUCCCUGAGGAUCAGAGAGGCCAGGAGGAGCGACCAGGGACUCUACAAGUUCCAAAUAGUGAAAGACUAUGUGAGAUAUACUUACAGAGACAAGCAGCUGAACCUGCAGGUGGCAGCCCUGACACAGGAACCCGACAUCCACUUUCUGGAGCCCCUGAAGUCUGGCUAUCCCACGAACCUGACCUGUAGUCUGCGGGGAUCCUGCGAAGAAGGAAGACCUCUCAGCUUCUUCUGGAUGGGGGGUGCUCUUGACUCGCUGGACCCCCAGACCCUCCACUCCUCGGUGCUGACCCUCACCCCAAGGGUGCAGGACCAUGGCAGCAACCUCACCUGUCAGGUGCACCUGCCAGGAGUUCAGGGCACCGUGGAAAGAACCAUCAGGCUCAAUGUCUCCUACGCUCCACAGUUGAUGACCACACGCGUUUUGCAGGGAAACUACACAGUCCCGAAGAUGCUGAGCAAUGGCAUGUCGCUGCCUGUCUUGGAGGGUCAGUUCCUGAGCCUGGUCUGCAUCGCUGACAGCAACCCCCCUGCCAUGCUGAGCUGGUCCCGGGAGGGCAAAGCCCUGAGCCCCUCCCAGCCCUCGGCGCCUGGGGUCCUGGAGCUGCUCCACAUAGGGGUGGAAGAUGAAGGGGAAUUUACCUGCCAGGCUCAGAACCCCCUGGGCUCCCAGUGCAUCUCCAUCAGCCUCUCUGUGCGCAGAAGCCCCUCUUCCUGCAACUGUGUGAGUGAGAAGCAGGAGGGCUCCUGGCCCCUGGUCCUCACCCUGAUCAGAGGGUUUCUCAUGGGGGCUGGCUUCCUCCUCGCCUAUGGCCUCACCUGGAUCUACUACACCAGGUGUGGGGACCCCCAGGGAUCGGGGCCGAGAGGCCUGAGUGAGCCUCUCUCCUUCUCAAGACGGGACUGAGGGAGGUGAAGGAGCAAUGACACAGAGAGGCCAACAUCAUCAGAAGUUGCUACUUACGUUUCCCAAGGAAAUGGGGCAUGCCACACCAUGCAGGGCCAUGUGGGAAGAAGCACCACGUUUUGGCUGGGAGGCAGAAUCAGGUACAGGGGAGGCCUCGCAAAAGCCUUUCCUGGGAUUUGUGUGAGAAAAACAAGGCUAGCAGUAUAGUUCAGGAUCAGUUAGUCUGAGUAAUUCUGGGGGCCCUUGACCUAAAGGGGUGGCUCUAGUUGUCUGCUACCUGUCCUUGGUGAUUUAGGGCAGGGUGCUUGAGUUAGAGAAAAGUGGUGUUUGGGGCAUCUGGGUGGCUCGGUUGGUUGAGCAUCUGCCUUCAGCUCAGGUCAUGAUCCCAUGAUCCUAGAGCCCCCGGAUUCAGUCCCCCUCAGGGCAGGGAGCCUGCUUCUCCCUCUCCUCUGCCCCUCCCCCUGCUUGUGCUCUCUCUGUCUCUCUCUCAAAUAAAUAAAUAAAAUCUUUUUUUUAAAGGGUGUUUGUGGGACACGAGCUGGGGAUUGGUUAGUUUGAUCUGAAAGGUGAGCUCCCUGCAGAACUCUUCACCAUCUCUAAAAACUGGCUGGCCCUAGGAGGCACCAUCUCUCCCCAGAUGGCAAGCUUUUUAAGAAAAAAAGGAAGUAAAAACACACCGUAGCUGAUGCCCCCUUGUUUCUGCCAAUGGCCAGUCGUCUCCAUCUGCUCAGCCUGCCUCUCCCUGCUGGCUCUGCCCACCCCACCCCUCCCACCCUCCUCCAUUCCAUCCCCAGCCCUGCCCCUGUAAGGGAGCUCCCUGGGCUUACUUCCCAUGACCUGCUUAACCCCUGAGUUGCUGGUCUCCCAAACUUCCCUCUCAGUGUAGAUGACAGUGCAUAACAGAGUCAAGAAUGCAGCUUUUCUUUCCCAGAUGAGAGACACCUACCUCAUAAUAAUUGCUACAGAACAACACAUUUACUUAUAAAUAAAAGUUUUAUUAAAGAUGCAACAUAAAAAUUGA